AUGGCUGUUCAGUUCACAAACAGUUGCGAAUCAGAAGCGCAGAGAUCUGCUGCAAAACUGAACAGAGCUCUGCAACUUGAACGCAGACGCGCUGCUCGUGUGUAUGCUUUGGCCAAUCGUGUACUCGAACAGCGUUCUGAUGUGGAGGCAUUCUUUCUGGAUUCUCUGGACCAAGUGCGUGAUGAGAUUGCGACGACGCAAGCCAAUUACAAACACGACGCAAAGGCGGCCUAUGAAACUCGGCUCCGGUUGGCAUAUUACGGAGCUGCUGAAUAUCCACGGAUAAGAACAUUUCAACCGGGGCUACCCAGCACAAACACUGUAUACGAUGAUUUAAAGGCAGCCAAUUGUAUGCCUUGCCAGAAGAAAGUUCAAUUCUCGGAACUGACUUGGGAACAAAAAGAGCGUGUUUUGGCCAAACUAUUCGCUCGGAUGAAUGCUGGUCAAACGAGGAGGCAACAAUCACUGAAUGAGUCCACCCCCGUCAACUGCUUGUGUCCAGAGGGGGAUAAUCAUGACAAACAAGCGGACGGUUCCCACUUAUCGAAGAACAGCGAUGAAAACGAAAUUGCUUCCAGUCUAACUACACCGGAAAAUGUGAUCAGAGUUGUCCCCAGAAGUGCACCAGACUGUAAAAAGACCAUAUUGACUAGAACGAAGACCUCCAACAGCCUACCUGAACCGUUCAAUGGGGAUAACGGAAUUGGUCAAAACUUGGUAGUGAAAAAUGUGGAAUCAAAAUGA